AAUUUGAUAAGACAGAAUUCGGUACUCCAGAUGAGAAACCAAGAUUUCCCGGUAAUGGUAAGCCAUUCCCUGACGACUUGGUAACGGCAUGGGCUGAUCAAUUGAAUAAACCCGAACAUGCAGACGUUGAAUUCCGAGUUCAAGGGCAAUCGAUUUAUGCAAAUACUACAAUACUCACACGACGAUCAGAAUACUUUCAAAGAAUGUUCGAAGGACGAUGGAUGGAAUCAAUCACUUACAACCAAAGUGAAGAGGAACAAGGACAAAAUAUACGGCCGACAUCACAGCAACAAGUUCCAACACCAGAAGAUGAAGAUACAGACAUGGACAGUAAUAUUUUGGGAAAUAAUUCAACAUUCUCUCAUAAACGAAGACGGGUUAUAGAUUUUCAUCCAGAUACAUUCCUUGAAAUGCUGCGUUUUCUUUAUACCAAUCGAGUAUCAUUUGGACCCAGGGAUUCACCAACGUCAGCUGUAAAUAUGUUUAAAAUUGCCGAUAAAUACUUGAUCGAAAAUUUACAACAACAUGCAAAAGUAAAAUUAUGUCGAGGUGUGAAUGUGAAUAAUGCGGCAGAGUUUUUAUUUACGACGGCUUGGCAAUAUGAUGAAUUACGAGAUCACGUAAUGAGUUAUGUAGUGCAAAAUUUUCAAAACGUUUGCAAGACUUCUGGUUUCAAGAACAUUACUUUGAAUUCUGGUAGUUAUCCACAAUUUCAUGAUUUACUCACAGAAAUUCUACAUAAG